UUCUGCUGCAGUCUGUUUUGGAUCCCCUGCUUUGCGGUGCAGUGCGCGCAGCCACCGACUGGAGAUGCGGUCGUUAGUUGAACACUGACGUUGUCCAAAUCAAAACUUCUACAUUCCUUUGUCUACGCUAUUUCCCCGUCAGAUUUGUGAUGAACAAUACCAGUAGAUGAGCAGAUGGGCUAUGCAGUGCUAUUUCACCUUAAUCAGACAUGCACAGUUUCCAUCAUUAGAAUCUUCGUCACGAGCAUCACAAGUUGUCGUUAGUAAUGGCCCAGGGACCACCUCUUCCACACAGAUCUGAUAGUUUACCAGAAUACCAAACCACUCCUCCAAUUCCCCCUAAACCACAACUCACUGAGCCUCAGAUUGACAAAAAGACUGGGAGCUUGAAGAAAAUGGCAACACUCGAUCAACUAACCAUGGAUAUAUCCGUGAAUCAGGAAUUUGAGUUAAAAAAUCACUACAGAAAUUGCUUCAAGACAUUCCAUGACUAUUAUUUGAAGGGGCAGCUUUGUGACAUAGAGAUUAAAGUGGGAGGGAAGACCUUUGCCUGCCAUAGAGUCAUUCUUUCCUCCGUUAGUAAUUACUUUCGCACCAUGUUUAUGUCAGAAAUGACUGAGAGCAGGCAGAGGGAGGUCACUAUUCACGACAUUGACGAGAGCGCCAUGGAAACCUUGGUGCAGUAUGCCUAUACAGCCAAAAUGCAGCUCACAACCGAAAACGUCCAGCCCAUUCUCUAUGCAGCUUCCAUUUUGCAGAUUGAAAUCGUUGCAAAAGCAUGCUGUGAAUUCAUGAAGAAGCACCUGCAUCCAACCAACUGCAUUGGAGUUCAUAAUUUCGCACAUCAGCACAACCGGGUAGAGUUAAUCAAAAUGGCAGAUGAUUACAUCUUGGAGAAUUUUAUGGAGGUGGUUGAUACAGAGGAAUUUAAAACCUUGCCCUUUGACCUUAUGGAAAAGUUGGUUUCUUCGCCAGAUCUGAAUGUGGAGAAUGAAAAUCAAGUCUAUGAGGGAGUUAUGAAAUGGAUCAAGAUGGACUUGGAAAAUCGCAAGUGUCACUUGGGAAAGCUGAUGUCUAAAAUUAAACUGCCAUUACUAAGUCCUGCCUACUUGUUGCACUCCGUGGCAACAGAUGAUCUAAUCCGCAGAGACUUGGAAUGUAGAGACUAUGUGGAUGAGGCCAAGGCGUAUCAAAUGUCUCUGGCAAGUCUGGUUUCUAAUGUUAGGAUAUCCGAGAACACCAGACCAAGGAAGAGUUAUGCAGGUGUGCUGUUCUGUGUUGGAGGUAGAGGAGCCUCAGGUGACCCAUUUAAGAGCAUAGAGGUGUAUGACCCUCGUAGAAAUCGGUGGUUCCAAGUUAGUGAAAUGAACACCCGUAGGCGCCACGUAGGAGUUUGCUGCUCCGGAGGUUUGUUGUAUGCUAUUGGGGGACAUGAUGGCACCAAACACUUGAGGAGUGGUGAAGUGUUUGAUCCCUCCUUAAAUACCUGGAAGUCCUCAGUGAAGCCAAUGUCUACUCCCAGGAGAGGGAUUGCCCUGGCCUGUUUGGGGACAGCUAUAUAUGCUGUGGGGGGACUGGACGAUUCCACCUGUUACAGUCUGGUAGAGAGGUAUGACCCCUCAGUGGACCAGUGGACCAUGGUAGCCAACAUGAACAUCCCUCGAGGAGGCGUGGGAGUGACCUCUCUGAAGGAUAACAUUUAUGCAGUUGGAGGAAAUGAUGGAAUCUCCUCCCUGGACAAAUGUGAGAAGUAUGAUCCACUCCUGAACAAGUGGACUUUUAUUGCCGCCAUGAAUCGCCACAGAGCGGGGGCAGGGGUGUCGGAGUUGGAUGGCUAUCUGUAUGUUGUAGGGGGGUUUGACGACAGUUCUCCACUAGACUCCUGUGAGAGAUAUGACCCCCACACCAACAAUUGGACAUUUGUGACCAGUAUGUCCUGUUGUCGAGGAGGAGUGGGAGUUGCCUCCCUUGGAGGUCAGAUGUACGCAGUAGGGGGUCAUGAUGGCUCCAACUACUUAAGCUCUGUGGAGUCCUAUGACCCAAUUGAAGACAAGUGGCGCUUUGUCAGUAGUAUAGGGAACUGCCGAGCUGGGGCUGGGAUAUCCUGUGCCUCUUAUACAUCUUCAAUGCUCAUCUCCUUUGGCAUAUGUGCAGAUGGGAAGUUGCCAACGAUAUAAGUCAGUGUCGGGCUGGAGCGGGCUUAGCUUAUUGCUUCUGUCCAUCGACCAAACUUCAGCCUCCCCAGCACCCCACUGUCUGCCAGCUUCAGUGUUAUUGAGAGAGCGUAGUAAUUACAGAAACUAGCAACAAACACAGUAACCAUCACCCCACUGUCUGCCAGUUUCAGUGUUAUUGAGAGAGCGUAGUAAUUACAGAAACUAGCAACAAACACAGUAACCAUCACCCCACUGUCUGCCAGUUUCAGUGUUAUUGAGAGAGCGUAGUAAUUAUAGAAACUAGCAACAAAACACAGCAACCAUCACCCCACUGUCUGCCAGUUUCAGUGUUAUUGAGAGAGCGUAGUAAUUACAGAAACUAGCAACAAACACAGUAACCAUCACCCCACUGUCUGCCAGUUUCAGUGUUAUUGAGAGAGCGUAGUAAUUAUAGAAACUAGCAACAAAACACAGCAACCAUCACCCCACUGUCUGCCAGCUUCAGUGUUAUUGAGAGAGCGUAGUCAUUACAGAAACUAGCAACAAACACAGCAACCAUCACCGAGUCAGAGCAACCCUUUACCAGUUACAGCACCAAAACAAGCAGCCAUUACAGAAAUCACACCAGCUCCGGUGUUACUGAUAGGAUAUUCAAGUCAUAACAACUAGCAACAAAUACAGCCACCACAGAACUUCAGCAUACCACAGCCAGCCAGUCUCUGUGUGCAACUGACAAAGCUAUAGCAACCAGAGCAACAAUCACAGCAAUCUCAAAACUUUACCAAACCACUGCUUGUUAGCUGGAGUGUUUCUGACAAGGUAGUUAAAUUAUAGCAGAAAAGUAAAGAAUCAGCAUUUAAUAGUUCAGCGAGUGCUACUGCCAGCUAGAGGGUAAUUGACAGAGCAUCGGGAUCACAUAUCCAGUUAACGCGCCUCCACCCUAUCCCCGCCCCCAUCCGAAAAAUGACUACACCACACCACAGGAUUAGCCAGUUCUGUGAACUGUUUUCAAGUCCCAGUUCACUAUUACAUCUAAAUCUGUGGAACAAUUCUGGUGUGUUCAACUUUAAAGCAUGAAAAUAUACACCUAAGACCAUUGUUUUGUGAAGAUGCAAUAAUUGACGUUUAUCAAAUGAGGAAUGAAUACUGUGUAUGUAUGAGGCAAUAUUUGAUGAAACAAAGUGCCUGCUUAACAUUUUCAUUUUAAAAUCACUCUCUAUGGUGUGUGUAGAAGUAUUUGUCACCAGAAUAAAUCCCCCCACCCCGACAUGUACAGGGUAUUAAUUGCUGUCUCAAACUGAAUAGUAAAUAAUUUAUUGCAUAUGUACAUAUGUACAACCCAAUAUGUUUAAAAUGUUUAUUUACAACCCAUCCUUUUUGUGCAAUAUGUUUUCAUACAUUUGUUAAUAUUUUAAAAAGAACUUGAGGUGUAGAAAGCAAUUCUUUUUUUAUUUUCUGGGACAAAAUAAUCCAUAUCUUUCUUUUGAAAGAGUAAUGUAAGCCAUUACAUGUGUAUUUCUUUCUUUUGGAAGAGUAGUGUAUGCCAUUGUUGUUGCCAUGUUUACAUUUAGUGAUAGUAAUGUGGGUUUAGUGUGUAGGAAAGCUUUUAUUGAUAACACUUUCACAACAUGAAAAAAGAACAUAAUUUUGCUGUAAAGGUAUUGAUAUUAAACCAGUGCUAGAACUUCAACUUUGAAAACUUGGAUUAUCUGCAGAAACUGUAUUUUGCUGUUCAAAUCUGUCGAUUUUUUUUAAUGAAUAUUACUUGGGUACAUUAAUUGUGGGACACAUAAAUGCACACAUAUACCGGUACACCUGCACAUAGAAUCUGAGUCCCUUACCAACUGUGUUCACAAACAAAUUAUAUUUACAUGUCAUUUUACACAAUGAUAUACAUUUAUUUCUAUCCCUGUACUGGAAGUGCUCAGUUAAGCAUACACCCUGUAGCUACAAUGUACAGUGUAUUUGCAAAAGUUAAGUUCUUUACAUGUUGUUACUUUGAUGGAAAAUUAAAUAAAACAGAAAAUGUUGA